GGGAAAAAAAAAAGAAAUAAUAAUAGAAGAUCCUUUAACAUAAACGUCAAAUUUGAGACAAUGUCAUAAAAUUUAAUUUGCUCUCAAUAAAAUUCGGCCUAUUGACGUCGUUUAAUAAUAUCAGAUAUGGAUACGUGCCAAUGUGGCACGAUUGGCGAUAUCACGAAGAGGCCGACGACGAGGAUAGAUGGUCACUUUAUAACCUAGAGUCUUGUAUUCGCGUGUACAAUUACCGCCCUUUUUCGUGAUGUAAUAUAUUAGCGGAACAGUACAGCGGUAUGCUGAAACACGUAACGAUGGAUGACACAUACGAGCUGAACUUGAAGAACGUAGUCGGCUGGGUCGCGUCCAGCGCGUUAAUUUUCGGCGCGGUUAUACCGUACGUGCCGCAAUACAAGGAGAUCAAGAGGAAGGAGGACGCGGAAGGAUUUUCCCUCUAUGUUUGUCUUACCCUUUUAAUCGCCAACACGCUUCGUAUAUUAUUUUGGUUUGGCAAACGUUAUGAGCUUCCACUUUUAUUGCAAAGUUUACUCAUGAUUGUGGCAAUGUUUGUUAUGAUUAAGCUCUGUAUUAAUGUGCAAAACAGGACACAAAUAAUCAAAUCGAAAGAGCGUGUACUUACAGAUUUGGACGCUAGAUUUUUUUGGAAAUGGACAGACUUCAAGUCCUAUCUAGGUUUUAUGAUUCUUUUUGCCGGUAUAGGCGGUUUGUUAACAUAUUUAUUUAUGGAUAUACCAAUGUUUAUUGAAGUUGUUGGGUUCUUGGCGGUAUUGAUAGAGGCUAUGUUAGGAGUUCCACAAUUUCUUCGUAAUUCUUCUAACAAAUCGACUGUAGGGAUGAGCAUAGCUAUGGUCGCAAUGUGGACUGUGGGAGAUAUUUUUAAAACAUGUUAUUUUGUUUUGAGACAUACACCCGUACAAUUUCAGGUGUGCGGUGCUCUCCAAGUCACGAUUGAUUUUGCUAUUUUAGCACAAGUGUACCUUUAUAAGAUUAAUAACAAUGUACAUACAAGAGCUCCUAUAAGAUCAGACUGAAGACUUUAACAAGUUAUUUCUCAUCUAGAUCUAUAGAUGCAGAUUUUUUUACUUGUCAAUGCUGAGAGAUUUAACAAAAUCUAAAAAAAUAUAUUUUUAUAUUGAAUAACCUCGAGAACUGAGGUAUAUUCGAAAUAGACAAACUUUCCUAAUACUUACCAAACAAAGUGCAGUUAAUAUUUUAAUAAUGAUUUAAUACAUAUAAAAUAAUGUAUAUA